GUACGCCAGCGACAUGCUGAAGUCAACAAUCGUGGACACUCGUGUGCGGCUCCGGCCAUCCAAGAAGUUGUUGGCCUCGAUAAACGCACAGAAGGAACAUUUGAGAGAACUGCCGGCGAAUGUGGCCACUGCACUGGAGAAAAACGGCUACAGCGUUCCGAAAAGUAUCAGAAUCUUGAAAGACAGUGAGCUUGUCUUCAAGCGACCACAGAUUGAUACAAAGCUGCUGGAAAAACUAACAGCAGACGUCCCAGACGUGCCCCAAAAAGCAGCGGAAGCCCCAGAGGAGGAGGAGGAACAGCAGGGGCCAGUUGAUGGCCACUUUUUAUAUCUGAACGAUUUGCACUGGCUUAACUCAGCUUUGACUGAGCUACGCAAAAAAAAUGUAAUUAAUGUAUUUCUCUAUGAGCUAAUUGAAAGUUGCGAGCUCAUACUUCCAGAGAAUGAGUUUAAGCCGCGUAAUCCCGAGCUUGAGGCGCGUUGCCAGCGCUUGCGCGAGGAGCAGCAAAAUCGUGAAUACCAAAAGAUGACCAAAAAUGUUGAUGCAACUCUGAAGCAUGUUCCCGAGGACACCGUUGCCUAUCAAUUAAAAAGCAUCAAUAAGCAAAUCAUAGCCGUGGCUCAGUUCAUCUUCUCGGUAGCGGCAGGAUUUACGUUUGGUUUCUUUGGUGUCAAUUUGAUGGUUGGUCCCCUGCCCUUUGGUUUUCGAAUCCUGCUGGGUGUCAUUGUGGCACUAGUUAUAGCGCUGGCCGAGAUGUAUUUCCUAGCCAAGAAGCUGCACGAAUAUGAUGAGGUCCUGGAUGCGCCCAAACGUAAAACUCCCAACUCGCCUAAAGUGAGCGGCGUGCAAAACAUUAAGCCGCAUGUUGAUUAAAAAUUAAUUUAAAGAGCUUAGCGUUAAGUUUUUUUUUGCAAUAUUUGAGGUAGAUAAAUAAGUUUUGAUUUUAACAGAGGAAGGGAAGGGCUUUUCGAUAUAUGUUGACAAUGCACAUACA